UUAUUGGUACUCAAGCUGAAAAUUCCUUCUCACAAUACUGGGAAGAGCAAAUUGGUCUUCCACAACCUCCAUAUUGGUUAACUGCAAAGGCUUCUCCAUUAACCCUCCAUCAAGCGACAUUGUUUAUGAGACUUAUAAAGGAAAAUGAAUUGGCUUCCCACUUGGGUUUGUUCUGUAAGCAAGCUAAUGUUGCUUGUUCUAUAAAUGCAUUGGUAAAGAAGACAAUAAAUGAAACUACAAUGCCACCAGUAGCUCAGUGGAAUGCUGACAAAGUGAAAUAUGAAGGCCUUCCAAAUGGAACAUCUUUGUCAGUUGCCAAUCAAGGGGGUUUGCGAUAUUUUCGGGAGUCAAUGGUGAAAGAGGGAGGUUUCAUAUCUAUCCCUGAUCUAAGGGACCCAAUGUCAUAUAAAUCGUUCCUGCCACGACCUGUUGUAUCAAAAAUCUCAUUUUCCUUUGCUUAUAUUGAGGAAUUGAAGAAGCUUUUUGGUGUGGUGAAUGAAUCAAACAUGGAUGAGUAUAUUCAAGAUACCCUUGGGGCAUGUGAGAAAAGCCCCAUUCGAGGUGAGGAGAACACCUGUGUGACUUCUGCAGAGGAUCUCAUUGAUUUUGUUGUCCAGAAAUUAGGUCAUCAUGUGCAGGUAUGGAGUACUGAGAGCGUCGAAGGAUCUUAUGAGAAUGUCACAAUUGGAGUUGUGAAACUCAUAUAUGGAAACCUCUCCCAACCACCAGUCAUAUGUCAUAGUAUGCCAUUCCUAUUUCAAGUCUAUUAUUGCCAUGUUUUCCAAAAAGUAAAAGUAUAUACAGUUGAUAUACAUGCUCUGAAGAAAGUGAAUCAUGCGAUCAUGGCAUGCCAUUAUGAUACAUCAACUUGGAACCCAAAUCAUCUUGCUUUUAAGGUAUUGGGUUUUGGCCCAGGUCUAAUUGAAGUCUGUCAUUGGAUAAAUGAGAAUGGAAUUAUCUGGACAAAGACUUUAGGUUGAGAAGCAUUUAAAGAUUUGAAUAACCUUU